UCUUGUGACUGUUGUCUUUUUUUUUUUUGACAGGCAGAGUGGACAGUGAGAGAGAGACACAGAGAGAAAGGUCUUCCUUUGCCGUUGGUUCACCCUCCGAUGGCCGCCGCGGCCGGCGCACUGCGGCCGGCGCACCGCGCUGAUCCAAUGGCAGGAGCCAGGAACCAGGUGCUUUUCCUGGUCUCCCAUGGGGUGCAGGGCCCAGGCACUUGGGCCAUCCUCCACUGCACUCCCUGGCCACAGCAGAGAGCUGGCCUGGAAGAGGGGCAACCGGGACAGAAUCCGGCGCCCCGACCGGGACUAGAACCUGGUGUGCCAGCGCCGCUAGGCGGAGGAUUAGCCUAGUGAGCCGCGGCGCCGGCCGUGACUGUUGCCUUAAUACCAGUCGUGUCCAAAUAGUGUUUCAAAGAAGAUGCUUGCAGAGGUAACGGUUCUGGAGAACCUGCGCAGGAGGAGAGCUGCAGGGCCGCCUUCUUCCCGCCCCAGCUGUUGCCCUGCGCCCCGGCUCUCGGGGGGGGGGGGGGGACAAGGUUAAGUGCCCGAGGCUCUCCCCUCUGAAGACCCCUAAAGGAUGGCACGCAAGUCAGGAAGACAAGCUUGCUUUCCCUGGGGACUGCAGCCAAUCUUCCCCCUUUUCCAGGGCACAUCUGUCGUUAACAGAGUCGCCGAUUGUCAGAAAUGAGGCGGUCCCUCGGGGACCCGCGCACGGAAGCUUCCAGCACUCUGCUGCAUCCAUCACGCGGAGUCGGGGCUCUCCUCGGCUCGCUGCUCCUUCGGUUAUCUCCCCGAAACAAAUGCUGGCGGACGGGCUCUGCAGAAUUCCAUUCCAGAACUCGCCAGCGUUUCUAAUGAAUAUAAAUUUCCGGAAGAAUAUUUGAGAUUGGCCACCCGCAUUCCAAGUUUCCAGCGUGCCCAUGACACAAGCCACUGGCUUCCAAGCCUGCAGUUGUCGUCGCUGCAAAACCUGAGCUUCAAAUCACAAGACCUGAACCACCGUGCGCUCCGAGACUUGGGGAAGCAUUUAACCCAGGCAAUCAAGGUACUGUAACAGAAGCACUUUUAUAGCUGUGACGCGCGUCCUUCCCUGCAGGUGACACUCAGCCUGGAGAAGCUGGCCGCCCAUGGGGGCUGCUGGCCGUGGUGUCCUGCGAGAACGGUGGCUAUGGGCAUUGCCCCUGCACCAGACGCCCCCGUGCAGAGCCGGCGCUGCCCCUACUCACUCUGAAUGUGCACAGGACCCUGAAACACUCCAUGCCUCAGUUUCCCCAUCUGACCCUGGGGCUGAGUUCAUGGUGAAUGAGACCUUGGCAGUAAAGAGCUGCUGAGGGCGGUGCCUGGAGCCCGGCGGGUGGGCAGUGGUGUCUGUCACCAUCCAGGGGUUCGCUAAAGACUUCGAUCCCCACUGGAUCCCCUGAGAACGCCGUCAUCCACUGCAGCCAGCCAAGGGCUCUACUCACAGGGACACUGGGCAGUCUCCAGAGACCUGUCCGGUUGCCCCAGCGUGAGGAGGACAUUCCUGACACCCACUGGGCCAAGACCAGAGGAGCACCGAUCAGCCUGCAGCGCACAGGACGGCUACAGCAGAGCCCAGGCCUGCGCACCGGCACUGAGGACCAGGACUUGGGGGACAGCGAAGCGGCAAAGGAGAUGCUCAUCCGGGGGACUGGGACAGUCAGGGCUGCGGAGGGAAGGUGGAGGGCUUCCAGGAAGUGGUCGCAGCACCCACAGGGGCUGGAGGGAGGAAUGGGGGAGGGAGGCUGGCGCAGGGGAGGCCCACGCGGCGUGUGUGGUCCAGGUGGACCUUCAGCCCAGCCACAGCGCCCUUCCCCAAGCCAGGGUCACCAGUGACCAGGACAGGCCAGUCCUCCCCUCCACUCAGGACCCAAGUCAGGAACAGCGUGACCCAAAGCCCAAAAGGUUGGAGCGGGCUCACCACGGCAGCGGCACAGGGACCCUAGGAGCUCCUCUGAUGACCACCCUCCCCUCCCCCACCCCACCUCUGCAACGCUUCGUCAGAACAGGUCCCCCCUUAGCCCGUCAGCCAGCGGCAGAGGUGUGGGAGCUGACAGGCCUGCAUGAGGCUAGGGAGACGAGCCCCCUUAACCCAGCCCGGAACACACAACAGUGCGGACCCUCGGCGGAGGAGACAGUUUCCCCCAGGCACCACACACCUGCUCACCAUACCACCCGGCCAUUGCUCUGUUGGGCAUUUAUCCCUGAGAGAUGAAAACUUCUGUGCAGACAAGAACAUGCCCGUGAACAGCCACAACAGACCUACUGAUCAAAUAGCCAAAAUCAGAGUCAAAAUCAGAGACGAUCCACCGCCUCGGCCGGUGAAUGGGGACAGAAGCCGUGGUGCGUCCGCACCAGGAACGACGACGCCAAGGAGAGAGCCAUUCGAGCGUGUGAGAGCUCGGUCGCUGUGCCCACCCUGGCAGCACGGACCGGACCACCUCCAGCCAUCCAUUCAGUUACCUGCCGUCCGGACAGCCCAGCCCUGCCACAGGACAGAGCCGGCCCCUGCUUCCCUGGUGAGGAGCUGGGGAACAGGGGCACACAGCAGGCGGAGAGGACGCUCCCUCGCCACGCGGAGGGAGGCGCAGGGCGCUGGUGCCGCGAAGUCCUCUCCGCAGCUCACGUCCAGCUCCAACCAGGCCGAGGCUGCGGCUGCUUCAGCGGGGGAGUCCCACCCCCACCCCUUCCUCCCGCGGGGCUCCCACGCCCCCAGGAGUCCUCCGGAAGGCGCCCUGCGGGAGACUCCUGGGGACUUGGGCUUCCACCGCUUCCGCCUGCCCUGCGGCCACUCUCUGGCUAACGCAUCCCAGCCCUGGAAGCCCCACGCAGCCUCUUCGGAGGCAGCCUUCAGCCCCACCUGUUUCCAACCAAACCCUGGCCCUGCCCUAUGCCGGCUCCUCCGACGCUGCCGGGCACAGGCUCGGGACGGCUGGUUCGGCUCUGAUGCCCUGGCCCAGCUGAUCCCAAGGUUCUCCAAGGCCCCAGGAAACUGCGGUGCUGGAGUCCAGGCCACGGGGCUCUCACCAGGCCGGCCCCACUGAACACGGGAACCCCGCGGCGUGGGCACACAGGACAGCCCCUUCGCUGCACCUCUCUCCUCUCACCUCACUGCCUCUCGCGCUCCCCCCACACCUGUCUCCCCGCCAGCUCUCUCCUGCCCGGGCCAUGGCACCUGCCCUGCCCUCUGUGCCCCGCCCUCCACCCCUGCCUUCCUCAGCCCUCACCUCCCAGCCGCCCUCGAGUGCGGGCUUAGGGGCCCUUAACCGCACACUGGAAAGCAACGUCGGUGACAGCGGGGACGUCGCUUUGCUCCCUGCCCCCUCCCAGGGCCCAGAGCAGCGCUGGGCAGGAGUGGGGACUCCCGGCUGCCACAGGGGCCCCAGGGCCACCCCACAGGCGCUCAGAGAAUUUCCUCCAAGCAGUGGCCUCACUCCUGCCUCUCCCCGUCGUCCAUUUAAGUGGGGAAAGAAUUGAAAACCAGUGAGAUGCACUUAGGAGGUGGCCUUGAGGGGUCAGCGGCCCUGCCCAGCGAGGGGGCUCCUCCCGGGGUCUCUGUGUCAUCAAUUAUUCACCGGCCCGACUGUGUCCCUGGCGCCACCAGGACAGGGAGGACAGGGGCCCUGCCCGGGGCUGCCCAGGAAGGGAGGCAGAGCCUGGGCCCAGACGCUCCCCUCUGAAGCCGCCGCGCCUCCUCGCGAUCCGUCCUCAUUAUGUCGCCACUUUCAACAGGGCUGUUAUUUUCUGAUUUCAAAGGCAAUGAGAAGCUUAUAAAAUAUUCCUUUAGGUAGAGAAAUAAUAAAAAUCCGACCCCAGCAGUCUUCCUGGACAAGCGCGGUGCACUGGGUUUGUACCCGGGGCAGUGCGAUCUGCAGACCCCACCCUGAUCUCCACCCCAUGACGUCAGACCCUUCUUACCCCACGAAGCAGCGAAGUGUAACCCACACAGCCUGCCUCUCCUGCCGCACAAGGCUUU